AUGGGAGAGGCGGCAGAUGGAAAUGAAGCCGCGGAUGGGCCUGCUCUGGAUGGCUACAUGCAGCAGCACCAGAUCCAGCCAUUCGUGCAGGAGAUGUUAACAGAGCUGUUUGCUGCUCUACCAGAAGAUCCUUACGAGUACAUGACGUACCACUUAGCCUCCCGUCGCCCGGUUCGACCACCGCAGGACCAAAAGCUCAUCAGCAGUGGGGUUUUGUGGGCUCUGCUCCCUGGAGGGGACCCAAUGUCGCCGGAGCAGUGGCGAUUACGGCGCUGCUGGCUGACUGAGAAAGGCAUCUUGUGUGUCAGUAACUCCGCCGCGGAUGUCGUUCGCGAUGAUGCUGGUGGCGUGGUAGUUUCACCACCUGAAGAUCCUGCACCUCAGGAGUAUCCGCUCGAGAAGGGAGCCACCCACAGGGAACUGGAUGAAGCGGAGGCCGCCCGGCCCUUCGCCUUCCAAGUGGCAGUGAAACCCGGCCCUUUGGCCCACCGAGCCGACAAGGAGCUGGAUGGUGGCCGCUGGGUCCUCCAACUGGCAGCCAGCUCCGAGGAUCAGCGAAACGAGUGGUUCAGCUUGUUUGCGCCCUUCUCGCAAGCGGCGGCGCUGCCCUCUAUGGCCCCACCAUCUGAGCUGCCGCCCGUGAACGAGGAGUAG